ACUCCCCCCCCCCUCCUCUUAUUUCUUCAUCAUUACUUCAUUCUUUUGUUCACCACUCCCCAUACCACCAAUGGACUCCGCCCUAGGUCAUGUUAUUUUCCGGCCACCGGAGACCCCAAACGAGCCUAUGGAGUUUCUGUCUCGAUCUUGGAGCAUUUCUGCUCUUGAAGUUUCUAAAGCUCUUGCUCCACCGCAUUCCGCCGGAGACGAAAUAACCGCCGAAUCUUUGGAAGAUAUUGCUGCCAGCCCUUUUGCAUUUGCGUCAACUGUAACCUCACAGCUGAUCAUGGAACGUAUAUUGGCACAAUCUCAGGAGGUAUCGCCACGGACGUCCGGUAGACUCUCCCACAGUAGUGGCCCUCUCAAUGGUUCCCUAACCGACAGUCCCCCUGUUUCCCCUUCUGAAAUCGACGAUACCAAGUUCUUUCGUAUGAAGAAUCCGGUGAACCAGCAGUAUAGAGGCGGAGCCACCAGUGCGGCACCCACCGGUGGUGGUGGGAAAACGGUGGGGCGGUGGUUGAAGGAUAGAAGAGAGAAAAAGAAAGAGGAGACUAGAGUUCAUAAUGCCCAGUUACAUGCAACUGUUUCGGUUGCUGGUGUUGCUGCGGUGGUUGCAGCGAUUGCAGCCGCCACUGCCGCCUCGUCGGGACAUAGAAAGGAUGAGGAGAUGGUGAAAACAGACUUGGCGGUAGCAUCUGCCGCUACCCUGGUGGCGGCACAGUGUGUGGAAGCGGCAGAGGCGAUGGGUGCAGAACGUGAUCAUCUGGCCUCGGUUGUUAGCUCUGCUGUUAACGUCCGGUCACCCGGUGAUAUCAUGACAUUAACGGCUGCUGCUGCUACUGCACUUCGUGGUGCGGCGACAUUGAAAGCAAGGGCACCAAAGGAUACGCGUAAUAUACCGGCAGUACCCCGAGCGGAAAAAGGGGCGGCUCAUUGCAAUGGCACCGGCAGCAGUUCAAAUGGUAGUUUUAGUGACGAGUUUGUACCCGAAGAGAAUUUUCUCGGCAUAUGUAGUCGAGAACUACUUGCCCGAGGUUGCGAGCUCCUCAAACGCACCCGUAAAGGUGAUCUUCACUUGAAAAUCGUGUCCGUUUAUAUCAACAAAAUGGACCAGUCCUUAUUUGUGUAUAUGGAUCAGGUGAUCCUGAAGAUGAAGAGCAGACAUGUAGCUGGGACCAUCACAAAAAAGAAGAAGAAUGUCGUGUUGGAGGUUUUGAAAGACAUGUCAGCGUGGCCGGGGCGGCACCUGGUGCAAGGCGGCCACGACCGCCGCUACUUCGGGCUGAAGACGGUGGCGCGUGGGGUGGUCGAAUUCGAAUGCAGGAAUCAAAGGGAAUAUGAUAUAUGGACUCAAGGGGUUUGUAGGCUGCUUGCAGUGGCUGCAGAAAGAAACAACGGGAUGUGAAACACAACCAGAAAGAACAUGUAAAUCUUUUGAAUCGGAUGAUUGUGGUUUAAUUUUGAAGGGUUUAGUGGGUACGGGGUUAGGUUGGUAGGAGGGGGUUACUGGUAAAUGGUAAUCGUGAUAUCUGAUAUUUGAUCGGAACAAGUGGAAAACCAUGUGAUGAAAAAGAAAAGGAAAAAGAAGUGGGCAGUCAAAAAAGGGAAAAGAAGGAAUGGUCUUUGUUGGUUUAUGUGUCUUGUGUUAUUGGAUUUCUUGGUUUUGCUUUUUGGAAUUCAUGUCACCUUUAAACUC